AUGAACACACCAGAGAAAAGCCUCGAUAGCGGCUAUGCGGAAUCAGAUGCAGACCGCGCACUCACCAAGACUGGCAUCAACCCAUGGACCCCGGUCAAGUCAAUCUGGGACACUGCACCCCCUCCAACUCCCAUCCUUGUGCCUCCUCGAACACACAUCCUCGCGCCAGCCCAGCACCAUGGUAUAGCUACCCCUUGUGCCUCGUCUCGUACCCAGGAGAGCCCACCUGAUCUUAGGCCAUCAAGUCUUACCAUCCCGCCAUACAGUGUGCCGACUGAACGCGGUUGUCCUGAGAAUGCAUUCUCGUCGAGUGCGGAACAAGCUCCCACGGCUUCUCAUCCCAUACCCCCACCUCAGUAUCGCAUCGGCAAUGCUGUCGUAACUGACUGGACUGACCAAUACCCUAAGGUGGACCUGCUACUACCACCGCCGACGCAGGUUGCUUUCCCCUUCGCCAAUCCAACACUGGAGUAUCCCUUCUAUUAG